UACUUCCCAUAAAUUUCCACGGCGUUUUUGCAGAGGCACAAAGCUCUGCUAAUUUCUCUUUCUACUUUCUCUCUCUAGGGUUUAUUCGCCGCCUCUUUAAUAAUGGCUCGCCGUAGCUCCGGUGGAAGAUCUGCACGUUCAGCUCCUCGUCCUGCUCCAGCACGUAAUCAUCCUCAGCCAGUAAAUCAUGCUCCUCCUCCAGUUCCUGCUCAAGCCAGCAGUGGUGGAUCCAUGCUUGGAAACAUUGGUUCAACCAUAGCCCAAGGAAUGGCUUUUGGCACUGGAAGUGCAGUGGCACACAGGGCUGUGGAUGCUGUUAUGGGUCCUCGGACAAUCCAGCAUGAAACUGUUGCUUCUGAAGCAGCUGCACCAGCACCUGCCGCACACAGUAUUGGUGGCUCUGAUGCUUGCAGCGUGCAUUCAAAGGCAUUCCAAGAUUGCUUAAAUGGCUAUGGCAACGACAUCAGCAAAUGUCAGUUCUAUAUGGAUAUGUUGGCAGAAUGUAGGAGAAACUCUGGUUCUAUGAUGAGCUCCUAAGUUUGGUAUCUCUGCCUCACAAGCUCUGAUGCAACAUCUAUUUUCUGAUUUCUGGUGAAUCUUUUUAAACUAUAGUUUGAAUAUUCUUGUCGGUGGACAUCAUUACCAUGAACUUCUUAGGGAUACUUUUUCAAUAAAUAAUGGUUUGAAAAUGCGAACAUGGUGCAGUAUUUUCUAAAUUGCUUCAAAUGGAUAUGGCCUAAUUUUACGAACGCAUUUUAUUACGUUGAUAUAUUCUAUAAUCACGAUGCAGAGCUUGUUCCA